AAGCAUGCCACGAUGCAAACUACUCUCAACUCACGGUCUACUUCGGUGUGCCUGCCAGUCAGUCGAGAUGUAGAUUUGGUGCGGUUCGUAGGAAUACAUUUUUGCACGCUGCGUGUACACACUGUUUGGUGGUCCGCCGAUAGAAAGGAAAAGAAGCUACCACUAACCUCCCACCACCCCCGUUGGCUACGUGGAAGCUUCCCCGUGUGGAGCUGCACUUGAGACGUGUUUGGAAACAAAACGUAAAUUGGCAAAAAGGCGUUUAAAACCAAAGAGAAAAGAAAAAAACAAAAUCAACAUUCGUGUACGAUGUGUACGAGUUGUGACGAGUGUCAAGUGUGAUUGCGAUAAAAAAAACAAUAUUAGUGGUUGAUAAAAGAAGUAGGUGAAAUUGUGAAGUGUUUAUUAUCGCAUUAAAUGUGCUAAUUGAAAAAAGUUUAUUGUGUAGUAAAAAAAUUGAUUAGCCAAAGUGCAGAAAAAGUGAGUGAAAGUGUUGUGCAAAAAGUGUCGAAAGUUAUAUCUUAAGCAACCGUCAUAAAUUGUGAACCGAAUCAUUCCGUUUGAUACUAGCGACUGGGCGUUAAUGUGUUGAACGAGUAAAUCCCAUUGCCGAACGUAUUAAGACUGUUCAUCAUUAAAAUUAAUGCCCACAAACUAAACGAGCCGGCACCGCUGGGCAUCGGGGGUUCAAUUCCCAUCCGGAUCAUCACGUAGCAUUACGGAAACCGUCACGUUCGCCUCGUGUGUGGAUGGUUUUUAUCGAUGAACCACACAACUCAGCUACGUUAAAAUCAUCAUCAUCUAAAUUCUCGGUAGUCUGAUUGGUUUUCAAUCAAUCUGCCACCGUUUUGCACCCAACAGUUCACCCUCGGACACUCUAGACAGCUUUCAAGUCGUUUGGGGAGAUGAUCACGAACAAACGCUAUCAUAACUAAAACAACCCUUGCCAACCACACUCACACACACACCUACAUACACACACACACUCAAACAUAUAAGCCAAAUGAAAUCCCGAUCCGAUGAGCCAAGCUCAUCAGCAUGCCCGACCCCAAUGUCCAACGGUACAUCACGAUCUUGCACGAUCGAACCUACGGGGAUAAGCUGUCAGCACGGAGGCUUUCGUCACAAAUCGCAUCGCUGGCAUCAUCGCCAUGGAUGGCCCUUGGGAUCGCCGACCGUCGCAGCACUGCUGGCAGCACUCUCAACACUCGGCGUGUUCACGGUCACACUCGCGACAACCAAAUCCGGAAGCGCUUCCAAUCCUGCCGUACUGAUCUCGCACGAUGAACCAACUGCACUAGCUCUUGCCGCAGCCGCUGGCCAAAAACAGUCGCAGCAAACGUACUACAACAAUCGGGGCGGUAACAAUCCGCCACGGCAACAGUGCGCCCUGUCCGAACACACCUGCACAAAUGGACGGUGCAUUCCGUGGGACAAGUACUGCAAUAAUGUAAAUGACUGCGGUGAUGGUAGCGACGAACCACGCUUCUGCACACGAUGCAACCGUACGUACUAUGGCAACAUUGGACUGACGUAUAAUCUGGAGUUGCACCGACCGAAGGAGGACCGGAUACCGUACGUGUGCAUCCUAACGUUCACAGCCGCCGGUGGCAACUACGGUGACAUCGUGCAGGUGACGCUCGAUAGUUUCACCCUCGGACGAUUCGUGUCGUACACGGAAAAUGGCUGCCCGGACGGUUAUCUGCAGGUGUCCGAAGCGAAACGUGCCAAUGUCGGUGGCAUGUGGUGUGGUACGACCUGGGGACCGGCCAUCUUCUACAGCGAAACCGAUUCCCUGGUCAUGACGAUUAAGCUGUUCAAACUUUCACGUGACCAGAGCGGGUACAACUUCGACUUCCGGAUACAGUACAAAAUGUUGUCCCGUGCUAGUGCGGUCGUACGGUACGGUGGACACCGGCACGAGUACAUCCCACCGUGGACGAAUGUCACGUACAUCCCGAACUAUCCGCUGAUCGAGGACUUUACUAACUCGACCGCCCACUCCGAGCACCAGACGUACCAGGAAACUGGUCUCGGUACAGGAUCCGGCCAGCAACGCAAUCGUAUGAUAUCGCUCGGUGCUAACGAUCUGCCCUAUCCGAUGACCUACGACAAUAUGACGCGCGGCAUUGGACUGCAGCGCGGUGGUUCCACAACGCUCCACGGCGGUACUUCAAUGUUUGGACGUAUGAAUGGUUCCACCGACUGGAUGCCGCUCGGACCCGGUGUACCACCCCGCAAGCAACUCAACUACACCGAACCGCAGUACUACCUAGGGGAUCUUAUGCAGGGUACGUUCUGCUCGCGAAUAUUCACCAACUGCGACAAGAAGGUGUGCCGUUUGCAGUCACCCAACUUUCCCGGCAUUUACCCAAGGAAUUUGACGUGCUAUUUUGCCGUUAGACAGCACGAUGUACCGCCAGGUAAGCAUGCGUUCAUCGUCAUCAGCCAACCGAAGGGUAACCUCGUGUGGAUAUCGACCGAAGCAUCAGCCGGCGCUGCCUCGAACGCUGCCCGUGGGGAUGAGAAAGAAAAGCACAAACCUCGCCUGCAGACCUGGAACGAAUGUGACAGUGUGCAGGACAGCACAAAUCCGAAGUGGAAAUCUACGGACUACAUUACUGUCUAUGAUGGGUACACGACACGCGAUCCAAUCAUUUUGAAAAUUUGCGGUGGUGGUCAAGCAAUACCGCAAGCUAUCUCGAGCGGUCCAGAGCUGUUGGUAGAGUUCACCACAUCACCUUACGGUACCUUCAAUACACCGCAAACCAGUGGACAUUCGCUGCAUGGUUUUCAACUUGAGGUCUCGGUACGUUUUGUUGACGUCCAGACUCCGACGUACGCGAAAAGUAAGCGUGUCUGUGAGUUUUGGCUUCGUGGAACUGGGCACGGUUUGUUGCAGAAUCCCUUACACUCGCUAGCGCCCAACACAACCUGCCUCUAUCAUCUGCAGGGUACUGAAGCUCGUGCACUGGAUGCAAUUAAUAUUCCACGACGCUCGGGUGCACUAUCCACCUCGCCGACUCGUUUCAAGGUGUGGAUAUCAGUACUGAAGUUCGAGCUAGCGCCUGAAUUCGGUGCCACCGAAGAACAGCUGCUACAGUACCAAAGGACGGAGGAUUGCAGUGGGAUGCUAAGAAUAUGGGAUGGACCUCUUAGAGAGGUUCCCAGCUGUAAGGAUUUCGACUGUCUCACCACCGAUAAGGAUGGAACACAGCGGAGCAGCAUACGAUUCGGUGCCAACACGACCAACAUUAUUGCCCGGUACUGUCGCGGUUCCGUACCGAGAUCUUGCGAUCAUGGCAUCCUCAAUAUGAGCAGCUCGCGACCAUGCACCUUGUCGGAGAGUUACGUCUCAAGCAGUGACUUCGUCACAUUGGAGCUGAAAACAUCCGAUUCAACCGUGCUUCGUCCACUACAGUUUGCACUGCGGUAUGAAUUCGUCGAUCUUCUACAGGAUGGAACCGCUAUCGGGGGCGAAAAUGAAUGUCAUCGACGUUUCGCCAGCAGCCAGAUGGAACGCAAGGGACCGCAUCCUAUACGAAGCGUGCGUAACAUAUUCCUCUUCGGCCGUGGUGGAGCAAAACAUUUACACUGCAUCUAUCGCUUCGAAGCACAGCGCGGUGAACGUGUACGUAUCGAAAUUAAUCGUGCCAUGACCGGCAAUCGGACGUGUGACUCACGUGUUGAUCCUGAUACGGGUCGAUCGUACUGCUUCGGCGAUAGUACGGCCCGGGUCGAGAUCUUCGAACGUCCCUGGCACGAAUCGAUUCUCUUUCCGCGUGGAUGUAUCUGCAAUUCGACCAAUAAUUCCUACCUGCCGAUCGUGUUCACAUCUACCGGUCGCGAGGUUGAGAUACACUUCAGUGCUGCCAACAUGACCAAUGGGGAUGAUCCCGAUUCGCUCAACUUUGAGGCAUCGUACGAGUUUGUGAAGGGUCCAAUGAUGUGCAAGGACGUGCGUCGUAAGAACGCCAUCACCGGUGUAGUUAGUCUCUCGUCGGGUGAGAUCGAAUGUCGUAACCGCCCAUGGCUGAUAGAACCCUCCUAUGAUCGGUAUCUGUAUAUACGUCUCAAGGCGCUGUUCCUGCGUAAAUUCAAUCCAGCUACGCCGCUUGCAUAUAACGCUAGCUUUAGUGCUGUAACACCGAUACGCUGUUACACUAAAUCACGCGUCAUCAUAACAAAUGGGGAAGGCAUUUCGGUGACCGCCUGUCCGCUCCCCGAGGAGACCAAACAUCGGCACGUGGUGGAGGUGUUCAGUGCCGGCUGGGGUCGUAAGCAUCCGUUCUUCGGUGCCGAAGCAUCACGAGUCGUGUCGGUGGAAUUCCUCAAUCCGGACGAGGGUGGCCAUUAUGCGUUUAGUUGGCUGGAGCUUACGAAACGUCCAUCGGCAAGCUAUGCUUUAGUACAGGAAGAAUGUCCCUAUCUUUGUCCCGAUCUGAACGCUUGCGUGAAUGCUUCCAUCUGGUGCGAUGGCAUCGAGCAGUGUCCUUCGGGAGAGGAUGAAGCCUUUACACACUGUUCUGCAUUGCUUCGGCUACCAGCAGAGAUACUGGCUGGACUGAGUGUACUUCUGCUGGUGUUAUGCUGCGGACUAUUCGGAUAUCUAUACAGAAAAAUCAAACGAAACUGUCGACGCACGAGCGUUCUCCAGACGCGCCUGAAAUCGCUCAGCUCGAUGGAUACGGCCGUGUUCGAGGACAAGGAGGUGAUUUGCUGACAAAACGACAAUUCUGUACGGUACGUCGAAAUCGACCGCGUUACCACGGUCUGACCGCGUCAUCGCGCAACAUCAGAUGCCGUACAGAAUUGUCUUCCCAUGCAACUAAACCAAACCGACGAUAUGCCAAACGAUCGCCAAAUGAGCGACAUCAGUGAGCAGCAGGAAUAUGAUGGACUGAGCAAUAAUAGCAGCAAAGUAUCGUGUACUUCUUUUCUACUCUCGGUACGCAGCACCACAUCACCGUGGUGGCGUGUAUCACCGGACGAUAGAGGAUUACUACUGAGAGUGUCGCUACACUAGCUGCUAAAACGAUUAAGCAAAAGAGCAACAAACUAACUAACUUUACUACUUGUAGCGGAUGUAGUGGAUGUAGCGAAACUAAUCAUUACUACUAGGAACAAAAUAAACGGCACCGGAAAUCCGGAAGCCAUCUGUUAGUCAUUCUAAUUCUACAAUUUUACUAUAGACCGCGUAGGAUGAACAUAAAAGGCAGAAAGCAGAACAUAAAUCAAAAUGGAAAAGGAACUGUCCCCACUGUCAAAACAUGGGAGCCAAAAUUGAAGCCCUUCGACCUCGGGAUGGGGAUGAGGUCACACACUACUAUGUACUACGUUUUAGUAUUACUUCUAGUAAACGAUACAAAUCAAAGAACAAAACAAUUACUAUGUUAUAAUUGAUAGCUGAGAGGUUAAAUGGACGAGAUUGGAUAGAUGGACUGGUUGUGCGGCGGCGGAUCAUAUGUACUACCCCCUUGGAAGAGUAAAAUCAAAACAUCCAAAAACAAGUGCUCCAAGCUUAAUGGAUAGAACUUGCUUGUAAUAGUUCCCUAACACACAGAAUGGGUAAAAAAGUCGAUUAUACUUUUACUCCGUACUAGUGUGCGAUCUCUUUACGAUUCAAAUCUAGCAAACAAAUUGUGUACUUUUGCUCUCACUUUUUCUCUGUCGAGCACGCAAACUUGUGCCCCUUAUCCCCAAUAUCCUUUUCCUUGUCAGAGUGACCACUAAACGUUGUACUACAAAACAAUCCAACUUUUUGCAGAGCUUUUAACGAACGUUUAUCAAACACAAGGGUACACAGACCUGCUGUCAGCUGUCUCUAUGACCGUGUCCGUAUUUAUGCCUCAAUUCUAUGGAGGGUUUAAGAAGCGAACGAGUAUUAUUAGUGGAAGGAGAAGUAUAGGAUUUAUUAGUGAAAUGGUUAAAGCAGCAACAUGCGUCGGUUACAUUAAAUGGAGGAUGUAAAAAAAACGAACCGAUCUUAACGGUAUCGAUAUGGACUUGUUCAUUAUUAAUUGAAUUUAAUUAUAUCUAAUCAGCGAGGGUAAGGGAGUGUACAAAACAAAACAAAAUGGCUGGUAUGAAAAAAAGUCAUAAAGCAUCCCAUGUGCUGAACAGCAUAUUAAAAUCGAUUAAAUCAAACAAUUUAAAAGCAAACAAAAUGAUAAGACGCGAAUGAUGAGAAUUUUAAAACUUACAUUAAACGUAAAUAGAAUAUAAUAAUCGCAGUCGCAGACUAAAACAACAUUAACUAACAAAGUAACGCUCGGUAACACUUCCCUUCACUGUGGCCCGUUACGAGGCGAAAACCGAUCAGGAGAGAAGGCAAGAUGAUACGAUCCGGAUCCUUUUUUGCAGUGUGGUGUCGAGAUAGACAAACAAAAUAAAAAAAAUGUUUCAUAAUGAAUAUAGGUCUGUUGUGCGGUUUGAAUUCAAUUGUUAGAUCCUUCCUGGGACGAACACGAGUUACGUAGAUAACUAGUUUAUUAAUGAUAGAAUCAACAGGAAGAAGAAAUAAAAACUUAACGUACAGAAUAUAUCCCAAAUCGAAUCGGCACAACGUUCAUGGUUGUCCGUAAUGAGCGAUUUUUUCCACUUUAAAAUAAAACGGACCAAAACUAAUGCUAUACUGGGGCUUACACUUACCGAUCGUAAGGGAAAAAGCCUGGAUCGUGAAAGGAUCGUGUACAUACGAGUAAGUGUUACGGUGGGAAUUGGUGCAAACUACUGCCAUUACAUUUUGUAACGGGAAGUUCUGUCACCACACCACGACCACUAAUGACUAGAAAGAGCGGUGACAAACAAAAUGGACGAACGCAGCAAACUCCAGCAUGAUUUUCCGUUUAUUAGGUUAGUUUGGUCAUAUGUAAUAUGGCGGCGGUCCAGAAGAUAGAUUAUUAGUCAAUUUACCAUGGCGGUAGCAUACGGAUUUCCAACAUGUGACGUCAAACAUUUCAGGACACACUAUAGUAUGAGUAAGAGCGUUUAAAAUACAUUAAAACUGCCAACUCGUUACUGUGAAAACCAAAACACUCGGUCACUGAUAUUUGGAACAACUCGCAAUCGUUAAGAUCAUACCGGAAGUUCAUCGUUCAUAGGCAAAUAACAAAAACGAACCCUCUAAACUGCCAAAUGCGUUCGAUUUUGACACGCCUAAUGUUAUUUACAUGGCCGGUCCGGUUAUCUAUUGUCUAUUGAGGUCUUUCAGUUACACGUACCGCCAUUUCGUUGUACUUUAAGAUGCAGUUAACGAUGCUAACCGCCAUACUGUCCAUUAACGUUUACACGAAUCCACGAAUUCUCGGAAUCGGAACCAUUGACCCUGAAACCAUUGGUGGUGAAAAGAAAUUUGAAAUUACACAACCAAAAACUGCCAAACUUGUUGAGUAAAUGAAUUAAACUAUCAAUCCUUUAUUAUGAACGGGUGUAAACACUUUUUUCGCAUUCAAAUUAGUGUAAUUCGAUUUGUUAUCAGUAAACUCGCUGCAUGACAACAAACGAUGUGACAGAACGACACCUGAAGGUUAGUAAAAAUGGAACAAUGUUAAUAGAUGUAAUUCAAACUAGUCAUGGAGCUCACACACGAACACAAGUGAUCCUUUCCCAUAAGUCAGCUAUAAAAGAAAUUCGGCCUUGAGCCUACACAAAAUAAAGUCAAACACGUAAACACACACACACCUGUUAGAGAAUGCAAAGACAGGAAAGGAUUCACUAGUAAACACUUGUUAAAUCUGAUGCAAGAAUUACAAACAAAAAACAACUCAAACUAAUGCUGCGUUUACUACCUUUGCUGAGUUUAAUAGCUAAUUUAGAAUGGAGAAGCACUCCGCAUUCUUUUUAUCGACAUGCGACACACAUCGGUGUAAAUAGAUGGAUGUGAUACGUUCGAAUGUAGUGAAACAACGUUUGGAGCGGGAAGGUCCUUUCUCCACUUCUUCAGGAGUAUCGAUUUCCAACAAACAGCACUCAAUCGCCACUGUCCCGAAACAGAACUACAUGAGACAGAAGGAAUGUUUCUAAACCUUCUCGCAAACAACCAGAAAACAAAAGUUUUACAAAAACAAUAGGAUAAACAAAUACAAUUUUUCCCCAUUACAAACUUGCCAAACAAUGUAGAAUGAAAAAAAAAAACAAUGGAAACGUUUCCUGAACGAAACCUCCUGAUAAUUCAUAGCAAUAGAUAAAACAUGCGCCCAAUGCUCGUAUCCCAAUUUUCUCUACCAAAAUUGUUGUAAAAUAGUUAAACAACACAUCCUUUACAACAAAAGAAAAUCUACAGAAAAAAGACAGUUACAAAGUAGAAAACCAAUCGCUUAUUAUGAUGAAACAAAACUGACAAAAGCACCAUAUAAAGAAAAACAAUACGCAAAAAUGAUAAAACAAACGGAAAGAAAACAAAUAAAUUACACAACAAACAAACUAAAAACAAACGGUUGCACUUCUCAAUUCUGAUUUACCUCAAGAUAAAGAGGCAUAUAUGAAAAAAGCAAGACGAAUCCAAGACUUCAUGACAAUAAAAAGGGGUGGACGGCAGGCAGUGGUGUCGAUUAGGACGGUGGAUAAUUGUUUAAACUGUGAACAGGAAGUAGAAACAAAAUGGUUGGA